GUGAUACGUCCUGUUUGAGAAGCCUGUUACGAUAACCGAUCGAACGUUAACUAUGUUGGCUAUGGUGAAAACACACAGCACGGUAGGUAGGUAGGUAGGUAGGUAGGUAGGUAGGUAGGUAGGUAGAUAGAUGCGUCGACUGUAAUGUCCAAGUUUAAAGGAAUUGUCAAGUUGAAAGAACUACUUUUGGUCACCGUUUCGCUGGAAGCACAGUUAUCUACUAUAAAGAAAUGGUUGUUUGGUAAAAAAUGAGCAAUAAACGUCUGAACGGCGCGGCGCGGCGCGGCGCGGCGCGGCGCGGUGGGCGGCAAGACGAUACUGUCGGUCUCGUCGUUGGCAUUUUUCCGUCCCGGAACGAUAAAAUGAGCGAUCGAAUCGCGUACGCGCGAGGUACAUAUGUGGAAUCGUGUGUUUUCGUACGAUCUGCGAAUCCCGAAGGGCACGGGAACGGCCACGGUAUUAUAGAAAAAGGGGAAGAAGUGAGCGGCUGUAAUGUCGGGGGGAGAAAGAGGAAAUAAAAGAGGAGGUCGCGACGAACAAGAGGAUUGCCAGAGUGUCCUAAGUUUGGUGGCGAACGAGGGUCAUCGCCGCGGCGGCGAGGUUAUCGACGAAUCGAGAAAAGGUGGGGAGAUUUUUGUGCGUCGUGGACGUAUUCGAUGGAGAUUGAGUAGUAGGCCGAGGAAAAGGCAAAGGAACGCGAUCGGAGGUGGUGGUAUUUGGUGAAAAUAAUAGUAAGCGAUAGGCGCGCACGUCUCGUAUCGAGUCCCCGUGUAAGAUGGAGAAGAAGAGGUUGGCGCGUGCGAUUCGGAUCGGUUUGGACGGAGCGAAGAAGAGGCGGGUUCGUUGGUCGUACGGGCUGGCCGCGAUAACGAGCAUCGUGGUGUUCGUGGUGUUUUGGUUCACGAACGUGUUCCGUGACGCGAUUCUCUCAAAUUUGGAGCUACGAAACGGUACCCCGGCAUUUUUGCUGUGGCAACGACCGCCCGUCGGACUCGCGUUCCACGUCUACGUGUUCAAUUACACAAACUUGCCAGAGUUUGAGAGCGGUAACGCGAGCAAGCUUCGAGUGCAAGAAGUCGGUCCGUUCGUCUAUCGGGAGACUCUGAACCGUUUAAACGUGGUGUUGGAGGAUAACGGUACGGUGACGUAUCAAGAGAAAAGAAGUUAUCGAUGGAUGUCCGGCAAGUCGGAAAACGAAACGGUGAUCGUGCCGAACGUGCUGUUGAUGUCGACGCUCGCUUUCUCGCGAAAUCUACCGUACGCGGUGCAGCUCGCGUUGACGAUGUUCUUGUCGGGUUUGCGGUCGAAAACGUUCCUCGAGCUACCGGUAGGCGAGUACCUCUGGGGUUACGAGGACAAGCUGUUUCAGGUGGCCAAGCCGUUUGCCUCGCUCAAGCAUCAUUUGCCCUUUGACGAAUUCGGCAUUCUCGCAUUCAGAAACGGCGUCAACGAGGACCGUAUCACGAUGAACACGGGCGUCCAGGAUCUUGGAAACAUUGGGAUCGUCGAGCGCGUAAACGGAGAGAAGGAUCGUAAAAUCUGGGGGGACGUGAGAUGCGACAGAGUGUACGGAACCGACGGCAGCAUGUUUCCACCCCGGUGGAUCGAGCCUCCGUACGCGGAUAUCUACGUUUACGCGAAAGACAUGUGCAGGCAGAUUCCUUUCAGUUACGAGCGCCGCGAAUUUUCCAACGGCAUUCCCACAUUGAGGUACAAAAUAUCGAGCAACGUUUUUACGUCGCCUCGCAACAAAGACUCGUGUUUUUGCCCGAAGGAAUCGUACGAUUCGAUCACCGGAAGAUGUCCCCCGCUCGGGACGUUCAACAUUUCCACUUGUAAAUCCGGUGCUCCGUUUAUCGUCUCGUUCCCGCACUUUUGUUCGGGCGACGAGUCCCUGUUCCAGGCUGUCGAGGGACUCACGCCUCGACCGGAACACCGCGACAGCUUCAUCGAUCUCCAUCCGAGAUUGGCCGUUACGGUCGCCACCAGAAUCAAGUUUCAGUUGAAUCUCGAAGUACGGAAAGCGACCGGCGUGCCGUUUGCCGGUAAUCUGCAAGACGGCUCGAUUCUUCCUUUGAUCUGGAUAGAUUCCGGAAUAGAGGAGCUACCCGAAUCUGUGCAGGAUAUUCUCUAUCGCGGCCAUUACCUCGUAAACGCCGUCGAAGCUGGAUUUCAGUGGUGCAGCUUGGUCGGCGUGAUUCUCUCUUGCGGAGCGUUCGUUGCCGCGUUCAAGAGAGAGGAAGAAACCGAGGGUAAAGCGGAAUCGUCGCAGCAUCAGCAGAACCAGCCAAUCGGCCAAAUCGAAUUCGUUCGAACGCGACAUUUUUCCGACACGCUUCCUCGUUAACGAGCCU